ACGAGUUGGCAGCGCUCACUGCUUAUGUUUUUGUUUUGCUGGCAAAUUACUAAAGAACAUUUUCAAGUUUAAGUAGGAUUAGAAGUGAAACUCUCAGACAAAAAAAUUUUGUGGCCAUGGAGAGCAAUGCCUUAGUAAAUAAUGCAGAAAAGGCGCAAAACUGUCGCACUAGCGGAGAUGGCAUGGAGCAAGCGGAAAUAAUUCCAUCAACUAAAAUAGAGCAGAAUCAAUUAGUGAGCAGUGUGAGCAAACGACCCCAAUUAUCCCGUAAAGACAGCACAGCUGCUCAAGAGGCGGUAAUUGCCCGCAAGACAUCAUCCGCAGGUUCCACCUCUUCCUCUGCGUCCCUUCCGUUGCCCGGCCUUCACUCACUCUACCGUCGUUCUGAAAUCGUGAGUCGCAGCCUUGGCCCGGCAAUGCCCAAAGGAGAGCUUGUGCAGUUGAAGCCACGGUUGGUAAGCACUUCGGAUCCACUUCCAGAGCACAAGAAGACUAAGCCACCAAAGUUUAUCCCAUACGAACCAUAUCCAGGAGCUGUCAAUCCCAUGACAGAGACACAGCAAAGAGUUCAACGCGUUGGUAGAAACAACAUAGACAUUGCCGUUCUGGCCGACCAGGUAUCCAGUCUUCGCACCCAAGAACUGAAUCCUAAUGAACAGGUCGAAGGCAACAGUGAGCAGAAUACGGCUAACAGUGAAGAUCUGCAGCAAUUAAAAGAGCAGCUUACCAAAGUGCAGGCUGAACGGGAUUAUUUGCAAGCACAGCAUAAGUUCCAGACCCAGGUCAAUGGGGAGCUGAAAAGCCUGUUGGUGGCGUCUGUGGGCGAGGAUUUGCAGACCAAAGUCAAUGUACUUACCGAGGAUAAAUUGCAACUUGCGCGUGCCUUGAUCGAUACGGCCAACAAUCUCACCACACACACGGAACAGAUCGAGUUUUUGGCCAAUCAGUGUGAGGUGUGGCGAUCGAAGUUUCUUGCUAGCAGUGUCAUGGUCGAGGAGCUGGCGCGAUGGAAAGCGGAUCUUACGCAUAAGAAUCAAAUGCUCAAUGAAUCUACAAAGCAAUUGUUGCAUGCAACACAUCAGAUACGGGAGAUUCAGUUAGACAUGCUGAAGCAACUGAAGUUCCUGGCCAAGAUACGUUAUCUGAAUCUACCCGCUACGGAUGUGAUCAGCUUAAGUUCAGAGAACUUAAACAUUCUACAGCGGAUGGUGCUACACUCCGGCGUGGGGAUUCCGGAGACAACUCUGAAGUUGUCCAGCGCCUCAACCAGUCCGCUGUGCGAGGCAGAGAAGUACGCUGUACAGGCCCUUGAGUUUAUAAGCCAACCGCUUAUGGCCACAGAUGAAGCUAUUAGAGCGCUAUUCGGACAGGUUCAAAGGCCACCUUGCACCUUGGCAGGCGCUGCAGCUCACCCAGAAUUAGAUUCCCUUCAGCAACAGCAAUAGCUUAUUUAUGGUUUACUAAUAAAAUAAAUAAGAUAUGUGUGGUUUGUGUAUCCAAUAAGCUCUGCUUAAAUUAUAUGCUAUGGUUUGUGUCUUGUGUCUUAAUGUGUAAAUCGCGCGCUAGCUUGUCAAAUUAUUCAAUAAGAUCAAAUUUGGUAAUAAUAAAUUUGUCAGAAUAGAA